CCUCUCGGGGCAGUUCCACCAACAGCGCGAGAAAUAAAACCGUCACGGCACGCGCUGGUUAAAGAAGCAGGCGUAGAUGCUCCGGAUGAACGCUUUAUAGAUGUUUUGUUAGUAAAAGUUUAAAAGUCUGACUUGAGCAAAGCGAGAUAAAGCUCUACCGAUGGAUUCGUGCGAGUUUUGGAUCCCGGUUGUAUGUCGCACCUGUAAAAUAAUCGUGCUCGGAGACGCCGGUGUGGGAAAGACGAGUCUGACUCAGCUCUACUGCACCGGACACUUCCCCGAAAAGACCGACUCCACCAUCGGCGUGGACUUCCGAGAGAGAGUGCUGCACGUGGGGGGCGAGAAAAUCAAGGUGCAGCUGUGGGACACGGCGGGUCAGGAGCGUUUUCGCAAGUGCAUGGUACAGCACUACUACCGCAAUGUACACGCGGUCGUCUUUGUCUAUGACGUCACUAAUGUGGCUUCGUUCCGCAGUCUGCCCCUCUGGAUGGAGGAAUGUCAACAGCACUUGCUUGGACCAGAUGUGCCCCGUGUCCUUGUGGCUAACAAAGCUGAUUUGGUGACCUUGAACGUGGCGUCGACCAUUGAGCAAGCACGACACUUAGCUGAGGUCCACUCGAUGCCCUUCUACCUCUAUUCAGCUAAAAGUGGCAACAGAGAGCAGGUGGACGCCAUCUUCAGCAAACUGGUACUGCAGAUAACUAGGCAACGAAGAAAAAAAACAGAGGUAGUCAGGAGUUUUAAACUGACUCCAAAGGUCAACGUCGAGGAAGAAAAAAAGGAGAAAUGGACCUGCAACUGCUGAUGGGAGGGAUGCCGGGUGAAAUGAGGACAUACUGGAAGUCUGUGACAGUCUUAUACUCCAGACUUCCCCUGCACUUUUUUUUCUUUACACAUCCUUGUUGAUUUCUCAUCAAGACUCUGAAGUGCAAAACACCUGCAUUCCAUCAGAGGAAAGAGAAUUGCACUAGCCCUGGGCAAAAUGAACAGACUUCCUUUGCAAUUUGCACAAUAAUAUCAGAUAAACAACCAGCAUAAUAGUUUAGCUGUAAUGUGGAAAUGAGUUGAGUUGGCUAAAUAGAGCAUUGCUGUUAUUGGCUUUUGAGAUUCUGAUAUCACUGAAGCCUCUUGUAUGUUGUGUUUCUGUAAAUCAUGUCUCUUAACAGUAUAAAAUAACCUUUAACCUUGGCUCAAACAAGUGUUUAACAAGUGUUGUAGUUUGACCAAAGAUGAAAUCCUUUUUUUCCUUAACCCAAAGUCAAUACAAUGACUUCAGUCAAUACAUCUCUGAGGGUUUGAAGUUUGCUACAGAGUUUUUGAGAUCACUCAUCAGUAUUUGGAUCCUAUUGUACCCAACAAAAAAAUUUCAUAUGGGUGGGUGCGGGCGAUGAUGUCUGAAGCUUAGAUCAGUGGUUUUCAAAGUGGGAGCCGCGGCUCCCUUGGGGGCCGCCAGGGGGCGCCUGGGGGGCCUCAACAAUUUGGUGUGAAAAAUAAAUAAAUACAUGAUUCUCUCUCUCUCAGGCAACCACACACACACACAGUCAAUUCCUAAUGUAAUGUAAUGUAAAGAUGAAAGAGGUAAUUAUUAAUAAAAAAGGGGGGGGGGGGGGGGUAUAUUCAGAAGUCUGUAUUUUUAAUGUGUUUUAAAGACAUCUUGCAAAAGGGGGGCCUCGGUCAAAUGUUAAUGCCAUUUGGGGGGCCUUGCUCUGAAAAAUUUUGGGAACCCCUAUCUUAGAUGGCAAAUAAAAACCACAUUCAUUAACACAGGAGGGUACUGGUUGCCAAACGUAUUGAUGUCAGAUUAGAUUCUAAAUGUGCUUUCAGAAGGACACACUUUAAAAAUGCACCACUGCUGCCAUCUCUUCAAAAUGUAUGCCAUAUUUGUACUUUUGAAGGAAUGUACACUGACAUAUUCAGCAUUUAUAGUCAGCAUUUCCUCUUCAGUUAAUUUGCCUUUUCAGCCCUAAAAAUGUGUCUUGGAUGAUUGAUUGAUUGAAAAUGGUAUGGAUUUAAUUUUUGGCCAAAUCAUUGUUGUGAUCUGCAUUAAUCAAAGAAAUAAAUGCCAGAUAUCUACAGAUCAUGCUGGUGUGGUGGACACAUCAUAUAGUGUCAAUGGCUACGUUUACACGCACAUCAGAUUCUGUUUAAGGUCUAUAUUCGGGUUGCAGCCAUAUUCUGAAUACGAUAUUUAUAUGCGUACGGGCAUCGGAAUAUUCCUGUAUACAUGGUUGUUGUAAGUAUGCCUGAGUUGCUGUUCCUAAAUACCGAGCCUACAGCUAAGCACCCACAAUUCCAUGUGAACUGAACAUGAGCAUAUAUCUCCUUUCAGUGGAUUUUCUGAAUAAGGUAUUUACAUGCAACAAAUUUCUGAUUAAAACAGGCAUAUUCCAGGGGAGGAAUUAAACAUUUGGGGGAUCAGAAUAUUGUCUUAAUCUGAAUCACGACUCAGUACUAUUUAGAAUUUUGCCAAAUUCAGAUUAAUAUUGGAAUAUUGAUGUGCGGGUAAAGAAGCCAUUGAUGUGUUAAACUCAUUCAGAUGGUUUCCUUGAAAUUAUUUAGUACCGCAGUAUUGAUGAUGCUCCAGGUUGUUGCUCACCAAUGUACUUGCAUACUACUAAUAUAUCAGAUUUAUAAUUAAUAUAUUAAUGCAUUUUAUAUAUCAAUGAUGUAUUCAUGAUAUAUUAAUAUACCUGUUUAUUUUGCUGCACAGAAUGUUUUGUCUCAGUCUCUAGCUAAUUUAUUCAGGCAUUUCUCACUUAAUCAUUGCUUAAAAGUUGAGAUUCUGGAUCCCAUUGUACCCAUGUUCAUUUCAAAUCCAGCACCCACUAUCACAUUACAGCUUGAAUAAACAGAAAUAAACAAGUGUGUAUUUCAUUUCAA